CUUAUUUAUUCAGUACAGAAAGAAUACGCCCAACUGACUUCCGAUUUUGCCAAUAUUCUAUUUCCAGGUCUUCAACUUCCCGACAAAGCAACUUCCCCUUAAAUCCAUCACACACACACACACUCUCUCUCUCUUGGAUUGCGUAGAUCGGCAUCCAUUGAUCUGACAAGGUAACACUGCAUUUAGGUAUCUUCGCGCGAUUGGAGUGAUAAAUCGGAUAUGAGUCACAGAGGAUUAAUAUAUAGCUUUGUUGCAAAAGGAAGUGUUGUUUUAGCAGAACACACGUCCUUCUCCGGAAACUUUAGUACUCUUGCUGUUCAGUGCUUACAGAAGCUACCUUCCAGUAACAGCAAGUACACCUACUCGUGUGACGGCCACACUUUUAACUUCCUACUUGACAGUGGAUUUGUGUUUCUUGUUGUUGCUGAUGAAUCUGCCGGGAGGACUGUACCGUUUGUGUUCCUUGAACGAGUGAAAGAGGAUUUCAAGCAUCGGUAUGGUCCAGAUAUUAAGAAUGCAGGGUCACAUCCUCUUGCUGAUGGUGACGAAGACGAUGACUUAUUUGAAGAUCGUUUUAGCAUUGCAUACAAUCUUGACAGAGAAUUUGGGCCAAGGCUUAAGGAGCACAUGCAAUAUUGCAUGGAGCAUCCAGAAGAAAUAAGUAAGCUUUCCAAAUUGAAGGCCCAAAUCACGGAGGUCAAAGGUGUGAUGAUGGACAAUAUUGAGAAGGUUUUGGAUCGUGGGGAGAGAAUUGAACUUUUGGUUGAUAAAACAGAAAAUCUGCAGUUCCAGGCUGACAGCUUCCAGAGGCAAGGCAGGCAAUUGCGACGUAAGAUGUGGCUGCAGAGUCUCCAAAUGAAGCUAAUGAUUGGAGGUGGAGUCCUUAUCCUGAUCAUCGUACUAUGGCUUAUUGCCUGCGGAGGUUUCAAAUGUUAAGCAUCGAAUACUCAACAACUUCGUCUGCCAUGUAAUUAACCUCUCUUAACCGCUGGUUUUGUUUAAUCAGCUACUUUUGAGGAGAUAGUAGUUGUCUUAUUAACCUUUCUUUUGUUUACUGUCUAAUUUAUUUAGUGGUCUUGAGUGA